AUGGACGUCGACUUGAUUCAGGUUGUCAACAAGCUCCAGGAGACCUUCACUGCCAUUGGCGGUGACUCGGUCGACCUGCCUCAGAUCGUCGUCGUCGGUUCGCAAUCAGCCGGAAAGUCGAGUGUCCUCGAAACCAUUGUCGGUCGCGACUUUUUGCCUCGAGGAAGCGGCAUUGUCACUCGGCGUCCUCUCGUUCUUCAGCUCAUCCACACUCCCUCCACCAAGGAGCAGCCCAGACAGCCAAAGCAGUCCUCGCGUCCAUAUGAUCUCUCGGAUGGCCUUGCGUCUGACAUGCAGCGUGGAGGCUCCCAUGCUUCUUCUGCCGACACCAGGUCGCCCACCUAUGAAGAGUACGGAGAGUUUCUUCACCUCGACAAACGCUUUACCGACUUUAACGAGAUCCGGCGCGAGAUUGAGAACGAGACCUUCCGCGUAGCUGGUCAGAACAAGGGUGUCUCCAAGUUGCCCAUCCACCUCAAGAUCUACAGCCCCAACGUCCUCAACCUAACCCUGGUCGACUUGCCCGGUCUCACAAAGAUUCCAGUUGGCGACCAGCCUUCGGACAUCGAACGCCAGAUCCGCAACCUCGUCACCGACUACGUCUCCAAACCCAACUGCAUCAUCCUCGCUGUCAGCCCUGCCAACGUUGACCUCGCCAACUCGGACAGCCUCAAGCUCGCCCGCACCGUCGACCCUCAAGGCCGCCGCACCAUCGGUGUCCUCACCAAACUCGACCUCAUGGACCAGGGCACACACGCGCUCGACAUUCUCACCGGCCGUGUUUACCCGCUCAAACUUGGCUUCAUCGGUGUCGUCAAUCGCUCGCAGCAGGACAUCAACGGCAACGUGUCCAUGCUCGCCGCAAGGAGAGCCGAAGAAGACUUUUUCCGCUCCCACGCCGCCUACAAAAACAUUGCACACCGAUGCGGUACCAAGUACCUCGCCAAGACGCUCAACCAGGUGCUCAUGAGCCACAUUCGUGACAAGCUUCCCGACAUGAAGGCUCGUCUCAACACGCUCAUGGGCCAGACACAGCAGGAGCUCGCCGCCUUUGGCGACACCACUUUCCUCGGAGACCAGCACCGUGGCUCGCUCGUCCUCAAGCUCAUGACCCAGUUUGCUCGCGACUUUGUUGCCUCGAUCGACGGAACUACCUUUGACAUCUCGACCAAGGAGCUCUGCGGUGGUGCCAGAAUCUACUACAUCUUCCAGGACGUCUUUGGACACGCACUCACCAGCAUCAACCCCACUCACAACCUCACCGUCCAGGAUAUCCGCACCGCCAUCCGCAACUCGACCGGUCCGCGCCCUUCGCUGUUUGUCCCUGAAGCGGCGUUUGAACUGCUCAUCAAGCCUCAGAUCAAGCUGCUCGAGCCUCCAAGCUUGCGCUGUGUCGAACUGGUCUACGAGGAGCUCAUGAAGAUCUGCCACAACUGCACCAGCUCCGAGCUGCAACGCUUUCCUCGUCUGCACGCCCAACUCAUCGAGGUGGUCUCGGAGCUGCUGCGCGAACGUCUCGGCCCCACUUCCGAGUACGUGCAGAGCCUCAUCCAGAUCCAAGCUGCCUACAUCAACACCAACCACCCUUCGUUUGUACACGAUUCGGCCAACAUCGCUCGCGAGCAGCGAGAGGCGCAAGCGCGCAAGCAGGUCGCCUUGCUGCCCGCUUCCUCCCGGCGCAAGUCGUCGUUCGACGAUCCCGCCGACGUCUCGAACGAUUUCUCGGACGACGAUGGUGACAGCGCCAACUCGCGAAGUCUCACCGUUAACGGCGUGACCUCCAAGACGGGCGGUGGCAGGAAGGAGCGUGCCGCUUCCACCAACGAGUCGCGUCCACACUCGGCUUCGGCGCCAGCACACCACACCAUCGGUCACGCAUCAGGGAACGCUUUCGCCAACGGAUCCAGCUCUGCUAGCGGCGGUGCCAAAGACACUUUCCUCAACUACUUUUUCGGAGGCGCAUCCGGGUUGCCCGUUGGCGGUGUUGGGCCAUCCGCUGGUCUGGGUGGCUAUCACGCUGCUCAGCCACACGUGCACCAGCCAAGGAUCUCGGAAUUCAGCCAGACACGUGAGCACAAGCCCAACGCUAUGUCCGGGCGCACGGGCCUGGAAGGCAACUCGGCAGCUUACGACAUGAAGUCGCUCGACAAGCAUCUCGAAGCCACGCCGAUCUCGUCGGACGAGUAUGCGCUUUCGGACCGCGAAGAACUCGAAACCACGCUGAUCCGCUCCUUGAUAGCGAGCUACUUUAACAUUGUACGUCUUUCGAUUCAGGAUCUGGUGCCCAAGGCGAUCAUGCAUCUGCUCGUCAACUUUAGCAGGGAAUCAGUUCAGAAUCGGCUGGUGGCAAGCUUGUACAAGGAGAAUCUGUUCGAGGAGCUGCUGUACGAGGAUGAAGGGUUGACGAGCGAGAGAAAGCGCGUCAAGCAGCUGCUCGAUGCGUAUAGGGAGGCGUUUAACACAUUGAGCGAGGUGACGUUCAAGCCUAGCGGUGGUAGUACGUGA